AUGAUUGGCUUUAUGAAUACCACUGAAGAUGCUAAGAAAUUAAUUUUCGAAGCCAAUGAUACAACAAGGAAGACAACUUUUAUUUUGCUCGGCACACUUGCGAUAAUUUUUAUCCACCUUGGACUUUCUGUAGAAGGAACAGGAGCUGCAUGGGAAUGCGAGCUGGAUAAUAGCAGUCCAAAACAUUUAUACAUUUGCAAACAGCUUCGUCAAAGUGCAUCUUGCAGAACUCUUACAGGCCCUCUAAAAGCAGAAAUACUGCUGAAUUCAAAUAAUGAGGUCAAAGCAUCAGCUUAUAUUGUCUGUCCUUGGGAAAACGCAAUGACUGAGCUGAGGAUUUGCUUUGCACUUGGGGCUGGGAUGGCUCUUUUUAUAGGAUUAUUUUCCUUAAUGAAAGAAGACAAAAAACUCGCAGAAUUCCAUAUAAACAGCACAAUAUUUUUCAGUUUAUUAUUGGCAAUUGCAGCUACGUUUGAUUUAUUCGCGAUUUCAGAUUCGAGAAACAAUAAUUAUGCAAUGUGCAAUUUAACCAAUGAUUUUGAGCUUCAAGAAGGGAUUGUUGGGGAAAAAAUUGAGUGCACACAUACAAUAUAUCAGGUCACUGGAUAUUUAGGAUACGUAGCAGGUGGGCUUUUAUUAGUUUCUGCUUAUUAUAUGAAAAACUGGAAGAAUAAUUUAACCUUAGAUUAG